AGUCUUUCCAUAUGGGGAUGGGGAAGUCUUGGCGUUGUGCUUUUUCUAAUAACUUUUGGACCCUUCGCUAUAUUUUACUUUGCGUUUUAUAUCCUCUGCUUUGUGGGUGGGGGCUUUGUGGUUACUCUUUUAUUUGGAAAAAGCAACUCAGAAAAAUACCUUGAGCAGUGUGAACAUUCAUUUCUUCCCUGUACGUCUGUUGGAAUCCCUAAGUGCAUAGAAGAAAUGAAGCGUGAAGCCAGACCUAUUAAGAUUGACAGAAGACUGACAGGUGCAAAUAUAAUUGAUGAACCUUUGCAACAGGUAAUCCAGUUUUCCCUGAGAGACUAUGUCCAGUAUUGGUAUUAUACUCUAAGUGAUGAUGAAUCAUUUCUUCUGGAAAUCAGGAAGGCUCUUCAGUAUGCACUUGUUCAGUUUUCUGCCAGGUCAAAGGAAACAGACUGGCAGCCUUAUUUCACUACACGACUUGUUGAUGACUUUGGCACUCACCUGCGAGUUUUCAGAAAAGCUCAACAAAGAAUAGCAGAGAAAGGUGAUCAGCUAAAAGACCAAGCUGAAGAACUUGUAGAUACCUUCUUUGAGGUUGAAGUUGAGAUGGAAAAAGAAGUUUGUCGUGACCUAGUCUGUACUUCUCCCAAAGAUGAAGAAGGAUUCCUAAGGGAUCUGUGUGAGGUUUUAUUGUAUAUAUUGCUACCUCCUGGAGACUUCCAGAACAAGAUCAUGCGAUACUUUGUCAGGGAAAUCCUCUCCCGAGGAAUUCUGCUUCCAUUAAUAAACCAGCUCAGUGAUCCUGAUUAUAUUAAUCAGUAUGUCAUAUGGAUGAUUAGUGAUUCCAACUGUAACUAUGAGGCCUUUAUGAAUAUUAUUAAAUUAAGUGACAAUAUAGGCGAGUUGGAAGCCGUGAAAGAUAAAGCAAGUGAAGAACUGCAAUAUCUUCGAUCUCUAGAUACAGCAGGAGAUGAUAUCAACACUAUAAAAAAUCAAAUAAACAGUUUAUUAUAUGUUGUUAAAGUAUGUGAUUCAAGAAUACAGAGGUUGCAGUCAGGAAAAGAAAUAGAUACUGUGAAACUGGCAGCAAACUUUGGAAAACUUUGCACAGUCCCUCUGGACCAUAUUCUGGUAGACAAUGUUGCACUACAAUUUUUUAUGGAUUACAUGCAGCAAACUGGUGGCCAAGCACAUCUGUUUUUCUGGAUGACAGUGGAAGGAUACAGGGUUACAGCCCAGCAGCAACUGGAAGUUUUGCAGAGCCGGCAAAAAGACGGGAAGCAUCAGACUAAUCAAACCAAAGGUCUAUUAAGAGCAGCGGCAUUUGGAGUUUAUGAGCAAUAUUUAUCAGAGAAGGCAUCUCCGAGAGUUAAUAUUGAUGACAACUUAGUAGCAAAACUGGCAGAAACACUGAACCAUGAGGAUCCAACACCUGAAAUCUUUGAUGACAUUCAGAGAAAGGUGUAUGACUUGAUGCUGCGAGAUGAAAGAUUCUACCCUUCAUUCAAGCAGAAUGUCCUAUAUGUGCGUAUGCUAGCUGAGCUGGAUAUGCUGAAGGAUCCUAGUUUCAGAGGAUCAGAUGAUGGUGAAGGAGAAUCCUUUAAUGGGUCUCCUACUGGUAGCAUAAAUCUGUCCUUAGAUGACCUGUCAAAUGUCCCUUCAGAUGAGACAGUUCAACUCCAUGCAUACAUCUCAGAUACUGUCUAUGCUGACUGUGACCCAUAUGCCGUGGCAGGCGUGUGUAACGACCACGGCAAGACGUACGCGCUGUACGCGAUCACCGUGCACCGGCGCACUCCGAGCGGCGACGAGACCUGGAAGACCUACAGGCGCUACAGCGACUUCCACGACUUCCACAUGAGGAUCACUGAGCAGUUUGAAAAUCUUGCAAAUAUAUUGAAACUUCCUGGCAAAAAGACAUUUAACAAUAUGGACAGAGAAUUUUUGGAAAAAAGGAAGAAAGAUCUAAAUGCAUAUUUGCAGCUGUUGUUAAAUCCUGAAAUGAUGAAAGCUUCUCCAGCUUUAGCCCAUUAUGUUUAUGAUUUCCUGGAGAAUAAAGCCUACAGCAAAGGGAAAGGAGAUUUUGCACGGAAGAUGGACACAUUUGUAAACCCACUGCGUAAUUCUAUGAGAAAUGUGUCAAAUGCAGUCAAGUCUCUCCCUGACAGCCUGGCAGAGGGAAUGACUAAAAUGUCAGACAACAUGGGUAAAAUGUCAGAAAGAUUGGGACAAGACAUAAAGCAAUCAUUUUUCAAGGUGCCUCCUCUGAUCCAGAAAACCUAUUCAGAUCCUGAACAUUGCCGUGUUGCGGCACCAAUUGAUGACAAUGUGGAUGACAAUAUUCCACUGAGAGUAAUGCUGCUCCUUAUGGAUGAAGUCUUCGAUUUAAAGGAAAGAAAUCAGUGGUUAAGAAGAAAUAUUAAAAAUCUGCUUCAGCAACUUAUUAGGGCAACGUAUGGUGACACAAUUAAUAGAAAAAUAGUUGAUCAUGUAGACUGGAUGACAUCUCCUGAGCAAGUAGCAGAUGCAGUGAAACGUUUCAGAGAUGCUUUUUGGCCCAAUGGCAUUUUAGCAGAGGCUGUUCCACGGAGAGACAAAGCUGUCAGAAUGCGAACAAGAGUAGCAGGGAAAACCAAGUUACUGGAGGUAAUGCCAGAUGAACUGAAACACAUCAUAGGUGCCGAGACAACGCGGAAAGGCAUUCUUCGUGUCUUUGAAAUGUUCCAGCACAGUCAGCUCAAUAAGAGAAUGGUGUAUGUGUUUCUGGAGAGAUUCUUAGAAACCUUAUUUCCACAAAACAAGUUUCAUGAGCUCUUCAACAAACUGCAUUCACGGUCAAAGCAGAUGCAGAGGUAUAAGCAGAGACUAUAUUCUACUCAAGCGCCUUCCUUGCAGAAAAGGUGACACUCCAAACCUAUUAAGCUGGUGUAUAUUUGUCCAGGAUGAUUACUUGGGCAGAUGCUCUGGGGCUUCAAACUCACAUGCUGUUAUUUCUGCACCAGUCUCUUAGUGUCACAUAUUAGAUUAUUAAUGCAUCUGUAAGACCUGUGGAUCUUCUCAUCUUCAACUGUAAUUCAACCACUACCACAAGGAUUUGUAUGUCUUAAAUGAUUUGGUGCAUCUACAUGCAAGAUUGAGAAGAAUACUGGUCCAUUACCUAAGAAUGUUAGUUCCUUCUGCUCCUGAGUCGAUGUUUUGCCAGCUAUGAAAAGUGCCAGGCUGUUUGAGAAAAGCACAACUGCAGUGACAUAACGGAGGCAAAGGAUGUUUUGGCACUGGGAGAUGUGUGCAAUGUGUGAGGAUCAGGUGGGAUUGUUCUGCAUUAUGCCUGUUGAGGCUCUGUGUUAACAUUCCUGUAAAGGCUGAGCUAACAGGAAAAACAGUCUCUGGAACAGCUGAUUCAGGGGGAAGGGAGGGAUAGGAUACCCCCACGACAAAAGUACAUUACUAAAGAAAGGUUGAGAUAAUGUGGCUUUUCUAUCACAUUGACUUCACCUUCUGUGUUUUGAAAAAUAGCAUUAGGUCUUUGGGAGAUUAUAGUAAUGAAAAGCAGAGAUGCAGUAAAAAGGAAACCUUUAUUUUGAUUAUUUUGUAGCUUUAAGGGCCAUAUUCUGCUCUUAUAGCACCUGAUAAUACAUUUUGCAUGUAACUUCAAUGGAGAAGGGGCAUCACAGUCACGUUCAGUUUG